CACUAGGGCGGCACAUGAGAAAAUUGUUGCAGUUGACAGUGGGUGCCAAGGAAUGUGUUUCUACGUUCUAGUAUCUUUCUCGUGAGUUCCCAGACUUCUUUUUGGCCGGGUGUUGAGCAAGUCGUUAGGUAGGACAUGUUCCAUACUCUCUCCACAGUUUCCGCAGUGGGAAUAGUACGCUCUCUCGUGGUAUUCUUGCGCAAAUUUCAGUCAUUUCUCCCCUACUCUGCAUGCAUCAUGCAUAAGCAUCCAGAGGAAAUAACGAGUGCUUCUAUCAAUGUCUUCCGCAGGGCUUUGUACGCCCAACUUUGGGUCAUUGCUUGCAGAAAGGCUCCUGUUAUUCGUAGUGUGGGUUCGCCUUCAAAGUUUAUGGGGUCUUCCUCCCUCCUCCUUCCAUGCUCCUCUGUUUGUUAGGCGGUAUUGUCAUGUCUCUCCGAAGUGCUACUUUUGUCUGUGAACCGUAUGUAAAUGGUAGACUUCCUGGCGCUGAAGGCCAUUUCGAAACCUCAAUGGGUUGGUUCGUUGUCAUAGAAAUUAAUACUUCCGGAGGGAACAAGUGGUCGAUAUUGAUGUUGAUGGGCCUGAUCGGAGGGAAACAUACCGUGUUUAUAUCUGCAGUUAGGUAUUUUUCAUAUCGGAAGACCUGCU